AUGAGACAGUUCCAUUGGGAAAGCAUCAAAGAUAUAAAAUCACAUCGUGGACGAUUCAAACGCGCUGUGAUGCAGUUUUUACCAGAAAGCUGGAGUGAGCUGCAGUGGUUCAUUCCGAACGCUUUUAAGCGCACUGUGGCUCUUUACUUAUUCGUUCUAAUAUGGCUGCUCACGGAAUUGAACACCUUCUUCUUGAAACAUGUUUUUGCUGUAGACACAAAACAUCCUUUUGUGUUUUGGCGGAUCAUACUUAUCGCACUUAUCUCAGCACCAUCCAUAAGGCAAUUCUACACCUACGCAACGGAUCCGCUGGUAAAAAGGCUUGGCAUGCAAUGUUGGGUCUACUGUGCUGUAACGGCUCUUGAAGCUGCGAUUUGUAUCAAAUUUGGACGAAGCAUGUUUCCUGAUGUUCCCGUAUAUCCUAUACUUGGUUGGAUCGGAUUUUUGGUGAGCUCUCAGAUGCGAAUCAGAUUCGCAACAAACCGGGAUAUAUUUAAAAAGAUUUAAUU